UACAUCCAACAAAGUAACAACUACAACCAUGGCCUCUACCCUCCUAACCUCUAAACAUGUGGCCUACAUCCAAUCCCUCGAUACCAAGCGCGACCGCCUAGAUUACCACUUAACCUCGCACCUCCGUCUCUCAGGCGUCUACUGGGGCCUCACCUCCCUCCACCUCCUCAACCACCCAACAGCUCUCCCCCGUUCUGAAACUAUCGACUUUGUGAAGUCCUGCUACCACCCUUCCUCCGGCGGCCUCGGCGCCUCGCCCGGACACGACCCACACCUCCUUUACACCCUCUCCGGUAUUCAAAUACUCGCUACCAUCGACGCACUCGAUGAAAUAGAUGGCGAUAAAGUUGUCGAAUACGUCUCCAAGCUACAGAACCCCGACGGGAGCUUUUCGGGUGAUGAAUGGGGGGAGGUGGAUUCCAGAUUUGUCUACUGUGCGUUGAGCACGCUGUCAUUACUCGGGAGGCUGGGCGAUGCGCCCGGAGUUUCGGCGGAGGGGGCAGUGGGGUUUGUGCUUAGGUGUUUGAACGCUGAUGGAGGGUUUGGGAUGGCACCGGCGGCCGAGAGCCAUGCCGGACAGAUAUUCACUUGCGUUGGGGCGUUGAAGAUUGCGGGGGUUUUUGAGAAGUCGUUGUCGGAGGAUCAGGUUAACCUACUGGGGGACUGGCUGUGCGAGAGGCAGCUACCGAAUGGAGGGCUUAAUGGACGGCCGGAGAAACUGGAGGAUGUGUGUUAUUCCUGGUGGGUGUUGAGCAGUAUGGCUAUGAUUGGGAAAUUACAGUGGAUUGAUAGGGAGAAGCUAGUCGAGUUCAUACUUUCUUGUCAAGAUGAGGAGAACGGGGGGAUUGCCGACAGGAAGGGAGAUGUAGCGGAUGUUUUUCACACAGUCUUUGGGGUUGCUGGCUUGAGUUUGUUGGGCUACGAGGGACUCAAGGAGGUUGAUCCUGUUUAUUGUAUGCCAAAGGAUGUUACUGACAGGAUUGUAUGGAAUCAUCGAAAGAUUCUUACAACUUAAAGCCCUCAAAAAUUACUUCAUAAGCAA